GUGUCUCUCACUUAAAUGUUAUUCCACCACAAUUCAAAAGGGCUUUUUUUUGGCAAGGAGAACGCGUUUGUGUAUGUUGCCAGACCGAAAUUAAUUAAACAAUCACGAAAUUACCGGCAGCUGGGUAUCUUGGUGCUGGCAGCACUGAUCCCACUCGCUCUGGCCCAGUUUCCCCGGGAAUGUGUCACCCCAGCGGGGCUACGCAGCGGCCAGUGCUGCCCCUCUCCCACCGGGGCCCCGGGGGACGAGUGUGGCUCGUCCACCGGCAGGGGCCAAUGCGUGCCGGUCGUCGCCGACAGCCGCCCCCACGGCCCCCAGUAUCCGCACGACGGCCGGGACGACCGGGAGCGCUGGCCGCUGAGGUUCUUCAACCGGACGUGUCAGUGCAGCGGGAACUUCUCGGGCUACAGCUGUGGACGAUGCAACCACGGACUGACCGGACCCAACUGUGCCCAGAGGAUCUCAGUCGUCCGAAGGAAUGUGAUGCAGAUGACUUCAUCAGAGAAGGCGGCGUUUGUUAAUGCUCUAGACCAGGCCAAAAGAACAGUUCACCCUGAUCUUGUGAUUUGCACGCGACGUUAUCAGGAAGUGUUAGGCCCGGACGGAAACACCCCUCAGUUCGAGAACAUCACCAUCUAUAACUACUUUGUGUGGACUCACUACUACUCUGUCAGUAAGACAUUCCUGGGGGUGGGGCAGGCCAGCUUCGGGGGCGUCGACUUCUCCCAUGAAGGCCCGGGAUUCGUCACCUGGCACCGGUUCCACUUACUGCAGCUGGAGAGAGACAUGCAGGACAUGUUGGGUGACCCCACAUUUGCCCUCCCCUACUGGAACUUCGCCAUUGGCGGCAGUGAGUGUGACGUGUGUACCGAUGACCUCCUGGGGGCCAGGUCGAUCUUUGACCGCAACGCCAUCAGCCCCAACUCCAUCUUCUCCCAGUGGAGGGUGAUCUGUGAGAGUGUCCAGGACUACGACACACUAGGGACCAUUUGUAACAAUUCAGAGAGCAAUCCGAUCAGGAGAAACCCGGCAGGUAAUGAGGCUCGGCCCAUGGUUCAGAAGCUUCCAGAACCCCUGGAUGUUGUGGACUGUCUGGACCUGAAGACCUUUGACACACCCCCAUACUACUCUACCUCCUCACAGAGCUUCAGGAACACAGUGGAGGGUUACAGUGCCCCUCAGGGAGCCUAUGACCCCAUCGUGCGGAGCCUCCAUAACCUGGCUCACCUGUUCCUGAACGGGACAGGAGGGCAGACUCACCUGUCACCUAACGACCCCAUCUUUGUCCUGCUGCACACCUUCACCGAUGCCAUCUUUGACGAGUGGCUGAGCCGACACGCCCCAGGUCAGGGGGGGUACCCUGAGGAGAACGCUCCAAUUGGUCACAACAGACAUUUCAACAUGGUUCCCUUCUGGCCCCCGAUCACCAACGCUCAGAUGUUCCUCACCGCCCCGGGGAACCUGGGAUACUCCUACGAGGUCACCUGGCCCACUCGCCCCUACACGGUGUCCGAGAUUAUCACCAUAAUUAUCGUCGCCGCGGUGCUGUUGGUGGUCGCGAUGUCCGCCGUCGUCGCAUGCGGAGCGCGCGCCCGCUCCUUCCGCGCCACGGAGGGUCUGGAGCCGUUGCUAGGGGAGACGUUCCGUCGCUACUCCGAGGAUGACCGACGGAUGGAGAAGAGCCAGUCUGUAGUGUAGAGCUCAUGGGUGCGUCACAAAUAGCACCCUACUCCCCAGUACUAGACUAUAUGAAGCACUAUGACCAGGGUCUAUAGGACUGACGUCCUGUCCAGGGGGUGUACCCGUUUAUGACGCCAGUCAAGAGUGUUACAAUUCGAUCCAGUAGGAUCUGGUCAAAAACUGUGCGCUAUUUCAGUUGUAUCCUCAACCAAGCCCCACCAGGCCUUAAACAUAAAUGGAUACUUAGCUUUUUGUAUGCCUUAUUUUAAUAAAGUUGUACUGAUUUUCAAACCCUG